AUGGAAAACACAACGUUGAUCAAUGUUUGGAGAGAUGAUGGUCAAGGAAGCCCCCUGACAACAUCUCGGGGACAGAAUGGAACGGAGCUCAAAGAAGAAAUUAGGCAAUAUUACAGAGAAUUUGGCUUGGAUUCAAUGGCUAAGGAGUCAGGGGUACUUGAUGCCAAUGGUGACUUAACUGGUUUUAAAGACCAAACUAUUCAAAAAGCUGCUCAUUUAGUAGCAGUUCCACUGUAUGGAUCACCUGCAAAGACAGAACAGAAUGCACUUUUCACAAAUGCAGCUAUGCCUUCACAAGUCGUUUCGUUGCCUAAUCAGAGGCCUUCCAUUGCUGUAGAAACCCAAUGGAAUUCAAGAAAAAGGAACUCUGAAAUAACCAUUGAACAUGAUUUUACAGAUGGCAAAAGAAACAAGAAAGGAGAGAAAGGUGGGAAAGGUUUACGUCAUUUCUCCAUGAAAGUGUGUGAAAAAGUUCAGAAAAAAGGUGUCACAUCCUAUAAUGAAGUAGCUGAUGAAUUGGUUGCAGAAUUCAGUGAUCCUAGAAACUUGUCACCCUCAGAGCAGGUAGCCUAUGAUCAAAAGAAUAUUCGACGACGUGUUUAUGAUGCACUUAAUGUUUUGAUGGCAAUGAACAUUAUUUCAAAAGAGAAAAAAGAAAUUCGGUGGAUUGGAUUACCAACCAAUUCAGCACAGGAAUGUCAAAAUCUUGAGGCUGAAAGAAGAAAAAAACAAGACCGAAUCCGGCAUAAAACUCAACAGUUGCAAGAACUCAUUUUACAACAAAUUGCUUUCAAAAAUUUAGUUGAACGGAAUAGGCGCCUUGAACAGACGCAGGGUCGACCACCACAGCAUACUUCAAUUCAACUUCCAUUCAUUAUUGUAAAUACUAGCAAGAAAACUGUGAUUGACUGCAGCAUUUCUAAUGAUAAGUGUGAAUACCUUUUUAGUUUUGACAACACCUUUGAGAUACAUGAUGAUAUUGAAGUUCUCAAGCGUAUGGGCAUGGCAUUUGGUCUUGAAAAAGGUCAGUGUUCUCCAGAAGACCUAGAAAAAGCUAUACAUAUGGUGCCAAAAGCUUUAGGACCUUAUGUUAAGGAAUUAACUGAACCUGGUAGUGCAGGCACGUUGAGUGCUGGUCCAAGUGGCAUACGUCCCAUUGGUGCAGCAGCUAUUGACACAUCCUACCUCCUGUCUAAACCCUUGGCUCCAAGCUCUCCUCUUGCUACUCCUCUACCAGACAAUGGUUGUCGAAGUAAUGAUCUUACUGAUGCUGAAGUGGCAUUAACUCACGACUUCUUGAACCAACCCAGUUAUGCUGCUUCUCGCGGAACCCUAAUUGAAACUCCUUCAGAACAGUUUUCUGAUGAUUGUGACUCUGAUGAUUCUAGCAAUCAGUUGGAAGUGAAUUAG